GGCGGAGCGCCAGGUCCCUGCCUCUGCAAUUGGGAAGGAAAGAACCACCCUAGCUGAGCUGCAGGCCAAACCCGGGGCCAGUGGACCAACAGUUGCCUGGUUACCAGGCCAACUUCCGAGUCCCAGGAACCCGGAUGAAGCAGGGGCUGUAAAACAGUGGGCAGGUCUUUGAGAAAGGUUAGCCAUUGCGUCAUCCAAAACCUUAAAGGGACAGGGUAUCCUCACUGCCAGUGUACUUUACAGUGUUGGGAGUUUAGAAGAAAUUUGUCUCUAAAAGCCAAAGGAGCAGGAUGGGUGUAGAGAACGCUAGAUGUUGCAAGAAGUACCAAGCUCCACACAAUGCUCUGCUGCUGCCACCACCCCCGGGACCCGGACUGCGUGCCUGCUCACCCCUGCCAAUGGCUCCGCCACCAUGGAGGACAUGAACGAGUACAGCAAUAUAGAGUUCGCCAAGGGGUCCAAGACCAAUGCAAGCAAGAACCUGCAGGAUGAUGGUAAGAUGUUUAUGGGAGGCUUGAGCUGGGAUACAAGUAAGAAAGAUCUGACUGAAUAUUUGUCUCGAUUUGGGGAAGUUGUAGACUGCACAAUUAAAACAGAGCCAGUCAUUGGAAGAUCAAGAGGAUUUGGAUUUGCGUUUUUCAAAGAUGCUGCUAGCGUUGAUAAGGACGACAUUGAAGACUGGUCUUCUGUUGCUCUAAUGAUUAUUUUGUAAAAGACUUUAUAGUGUACAAGACACAACUGUGUCCCAACUGUAUGUAGCCGCCAACUAAUUUUCUUUGUUUUUACUUUGUCCUUUGCUAUGUGUUAUGACUCUGUGGAUUUGUGUUUAUACAAAUUUUAUUUGUAUUAUUUAUCAUGUUAAACCCCAAAUAAAUGCUUCCUUAUGUGAUUGUUAAAAAAUAAAAAAAGUAA